CAGUUUAUUUACUAACACACACACACACACACACACACACACGCACGCACGAGCUCUCUUUUUUAUUAUCUGACAGUUACGCUAGGCGAUCUGACUUGGAAGAAAUUGUGCGUUCCACUACUUAAUGUGAGAUAGUGAAUAACCAACGCAUCAGACUUUAAUCGCCAGUUACGGCUAAACAUUUGACAUGUUGAUAGUGUUACGCCAGAGACAAGCAAACCGACCUCAUACAUCAAAUUAUUAACAUCAUGAACUUCAACGCGCGUAUACUCCUACUGGCAACAUGUUGCGCCAAUAUUUUCCCAGCGUUGGUAGCUGGAAUUACGCAGGAAACGAUCGAUCAGAUAGCCACCAAUAUGGAUAUCAAACAUGACAUAUUGAGCAACCUUGAUGAUGGCUUACGCACCUUUCAAGUACAGUUAACCAUUACCAACCGUGGCAAAACUGCCAUCCCAAAAGAUGGUUGGGUGAUCUACAUCUGUUACAUACGUAUGAUAGAACCGAACUACUUACCAAAUCCUAAAGGAGUUGUGAGAGAUGGUAUCAAGAUUACUCAUCUUCAGGGCUGCACCUUUGCUCUGGAACCAGCUUCUACUUUUGAAGCGAUUCAGCCAAAUGGAGUAAAGAAGAUCAAAUUUUUAGGAGAAAAUUGGAUUGUAUCUAAAACUGAUAUAAUGCCAAACUGGUAUGUCACUGCCCCGGGUUUGACACCAAGAACUAUCGUCAGUACAGUUGGAAACAGUUUUGUCGGCGAUUUCGACAAAGUAGAGAAAUGGAAGAGAUAUGAUUUCAAAGAAAAUUCUAGCGAGUUACACGAUAAAUACGACCCGUAUACUACGAAAUUUCGUUAUGCCAUCAAUGAUAUUAAAGAUCUUGGUAAAUCUCCAAGUUAUGUUAUACCGACACCACUGGAAAUAAACGUUGAUGAGAGUAAAACCAUAUGCUUAGGAACUAGAGAUUGGGUGGUUAUAUACCCGGAUGUGCUUCUUAAUGAGGCUAACUACUUAACAAAAAAACUGCCUGUGACGAAAACCAAACAGAAACCGCUCAAUCGCUAUAUCGAGUUGGAUAUAAAACCAGUUAAGGUGACAAUUAAUGGAAAAUUACAAGAGAAAGCGGAAGCUUAUACUUUGGAAGUGGUUCCGGGAAAGGAAUAUAUCAAAAUAACUGGUCAAGAUGCUGCUGGAGUAUUUUAUGGCAUACAGUCACUAAUGAGUUUGACUAGUGACAACUACAUCAUACCGAAGUCAAACAUAACAGACGCCCCACGAUUUGCUUACCGCGGUAUGGAGUUUGAUGUGGCGCGAAACUUUUUCGGCAAGGAGACUGUGUUUAAAUUAUUCGAUAUGAUGGCAAUUUAUAAGCUGAACCGCUUUCAUUUUCAUCUGACCGAUGAUGAAGGCUGGAGGUUGAAGUUCGAGGGUUUAGAAGAACUAACUAAGGUUGGAGGACAUCGAUGUCACGAUCUUGAUGAAACGAACUGCAUCAUGCCACAGCUUGGCUCCGGACCCACGACGAUAGGGAGUGGAUCCGGUUUUUAUACCAAGGAAGACUAUCAGGAAAUUCUUCAAUAUGCCAAAGAAAGACAUAUUCAAGUGAUUCCUGAGAUCGAUAUGCCAGGGCAUAGCCAUGCUUUAAACAAAGCGAUGCAGUCACGGUACAAUAAAUUAGUGCAGAAUGGUCAAAUGAAUGAUGCGAAGCGCUAUGUUUUGGUUGACCCGGAUGAUACAAGCCAGUACAAGUCGAUCCAGAUGUAUACAGAUAAUGCCAUUAACCCAUGCUUGGAAAGCACGUACAACUUCAUUGAAAAAAUCGUCAAAACUUUGAUUGAAUACCACGAAACGAUAAUGCCUUUGCAAGUAUACCAUUUUGGAGGAGACGAAGUAGCUAAAGGGACUUGGCAAAAUUCCACUGCUUGCAAAAAGGUCGUGCACAACAGUUCCAAUCCGCAUGGAAAAGAACUUGUAAAAGAAUAUUUCGUUCGAAGACUCUCCAAUAUCACUGCUACUUAUGGUAUUAAUUUGGCUGCCUGGGAAGACGGUGUGAUGAAAUCAGGAACUGAACCAUACAAUAUAUCAGCAUUAAAAAAUGAUAAAAUCUUUGCAUACGCUUGGGACAAUGUCUGGGAAUGGGGCUACUCAAACCGAGCUUACAAAUUAGCUAAUGAUGGUUUUAAGAUUGUUAUGUCACAAGCUACUCAUCUCUAUUUCGAUCAUCCUUACGAACCAGAUCCAGAAGAACCAGGCUAUUAUUGGGCUACGAGGUUUACAGACACACGCAAAACAUUUGGUUUUAUGCCCGAAAACAUUUAUGGCAACGCCAAAGUAGCAAGAUCCGGAGAGCCUAUAACGAAAGAACAACUUUGUGGAAAAGAAGGCAAAACCUGUGUUAAGCUAAAGAAGUUUGAAAAUUUAGCAGGUAUGCAAGGUCAUUUAUGGAGCGAAACUGUGAGAACUCCUGAGCGGUUCGAGUUUAUGGUUUUCCCCCGUUUACUUGCUUUAUCAGAAAGAGCUUGGCACCGAGCCCCUUGGGAACUUGAAGAGGACAAAAAGAAACGAGAAGAAAUGAGGAAGCAAGAUUGGGAACGCUUUGCAAAUACUAUUGGAUACCGAGAAAUGAAACGUCUUGAUCAGUUAGGAAUAAGAUACCGAGUGCCACCACCUGGUGCCAUAUACAGCGAUGACCAACUAACAGUCAACGUAGCUUUCCCUGGUUUAACUUUACAGUACAGUGAGAACGGUGGCAAAACCUGGUGCGAUGUGAAAAGCACUACCAAAUCUACGACGGACGGCGAGUUUCUCUUGCGUACCAGGUGAGUCAUUAUUUUUUUUUUUUUCUGAG